AUGGCUUGGUCAAGCUUCAGCUCAGUGCUCGAAAAACACGAACAAAAGUGUCUCAUUAUUCAUACGCUAACCCUUAUAUUUAUUUGUGAUGAUGAUCACUAUUAUCAUUUACAUACAUUGUCUACAUUGCUCUUCUAUGAGCAAUUAUUUAAAGAUGCUGUUAUCGGGUUUCGAGGUUGGAGAAUACGUGAAGAUUUAAAAUGGGGUGUCAAGUGGUUUGAGACUUUCUGGCAUAUUGUUGAAACGAAUUAUAUUUCUGAACCAUAUCGUGUCGGUAUUAUCACUGCUAACAGUGGUUAUCUAAUUAAACCGCGCUUUUUCGAUCAACACAUAUAUGUUAAUUACACAAACAUCACUAAAAGUAUUUCAUUGGUUGACGACAUAUGGCUGAACGGUCAUUUAGCUCGUCGAAAUGUUUCUCGUUACGUUUUACCAUCGUGUUGUGCUCAGACACAUAUUGGUAAAACACAUGCACUUGAGAAACACUUAAUGACCAAAAAUGUAACACGACGGCAAGCAAAUGAUCGAGCAUUGUAUUAUUUUAAAGAUUACUGGGAGCGUGAUCUAUUUUAUAAGCCAAAUGGCGUAAAUCAUCCCAAAAGAGCCGUACAAGAACAACAACAACAAACUGAUAAUCAAGAAGAACCACUGUCACUAUUUCAUGGUCCAAUGAGUUUAGAUCUUGUUCUUCAUGUACAAAAUGAAGAACAAUUGGAGCAAAAGGAAGAUGGUCAUAAUUAUAUACAAGUUCAUCAACAAUCACAUUUAUAA